ACUUCCUUGACUGGACAUCUGGACCAUGGACAGGGAUCUGAGUGACGACAGUGUGGUAGACCUCAGUUUUGAGGCUGACAGUCCUCUGGCGCCCCCGGCAGAACUCCUAGAGACGCUGCCCAGCUGUGACUGGGUCCUUCAAGGGGACAGACACCAGAUAUUUUUCCCACCUUCAGAGACUGCAGGGAGACCCCAGGAACUAAGAUGCUGGUCCUCAUUUCUGGAACACAGAGUCCCCGUGGUGACAGAAGAGGUGGCCCGGGAAGCCCUCCUCAGCUUCGUGAACUCCAAAUGCUGUUACGGCAGCGCAGCCGCUGGCGACCUCGUCAUCCUGGAGCUGAAGCAGCAGAACCUGUGCCGGUAUCGAUUGGAGACCUUCAGUGAAUCCAGGAUAAGUGAAUGGACUUUUCAGCCCUUUACCAAUCACUCCGUGGAUGGGCCACAAAGAGGAACCUCCCCCAGGCUCUGGGACAUCAAGGUCCAGGUUCCCCCAAUGUUUCAGGAAGACACUAGGAGGUUCCAAGUCCCUCACUCGUCAUUGGUCAAGGAAUGCCACAAAUGCCACGGGCGUGGACGCUACAGGUGCAGUGGCUGCCACGGGGCUGGCACGGCUCGGUGCUCCUCCUGCAGUGGUGCCAAGCGCAAAGCCAAGUCCGCCCGGCGGUGUCAGAUGUGUUCGGGGUCUGGCAGGCGGAGAUGCAGCACGUGCUCUGGGAGGGGGAACAAGACCUGUGCCACCUGUAAGGGCGAGAAGAAGCUGCUGCACUUCAUCCAGCUGGUCAUCGCGUGGAAGAACAGCCUAUUUGAGUUUGUGUCUGAGCACCAGCUGGACUUCCCUGGGGAGCUGCUUGCUAAAGCCAGAGGAGAGACCCUCUUUAAGGAUGAAAACACAACGGUGUAUCCCAUUGUGGACUUCCCCCUGCGGGAGAUCUCUCUGGCCUCCAGGCGCGGCAUCUCAGAACACAGCGCCGCCCUGGCCUCCCGGGCCCGCGUCCUGCAGCAGCGCCAGACCCUGGAGCUGAUCCCCCUCACAGAAGUCCGUUACUGGUACCGAGGAAAGACUGACGUCUACUACAUCUACGGUACUGACCACCAAGUGUAUGUGGUGGAUUACCCCGAGAGAUACUGCUGUGGCUGCACCAUCAUCUGACGCUGCACAGCUGCCCCCAGAGCCUACCACUCACAUGUGCCAAGGAGGAUGGCCGAGGUCUCUGAAUUCACUCACUGUUGGCCCCUCUGGACAGUCACAAACCCCUGCGUAUCCUUCCAGAGAAUUCAUCUCCUCUGUCUAGCCACAAGUCCCUCUGGAGCCCCUUUGGCAGAAUCCAUCUUGUAUUUAACCCUCAAGAAUUCAUCUACGCACGUUCCUUUAGGAGAAGAACUUAAACCAGGGACUUUGCCUCUGGCCUCUGAACUAAAGUGCUGAUCGAGGGUGGGGUUGAUUUUGCUUUUCGCUGGGUCAGUCUCAGUUCUGCUGUGUGUCUGCUAGCAUGGGCCUUUUGUGGAGCUGAGUGAUCUUGAAUUGUUGAAAGAUACACGUAAAUUUGCUGCCAUUUGAUGCCACUUAGGCAAAUGCAUACAAAAUUUUACUCCUCAUUCUGUGGGUCAGAAAUUCAGAUGCAGCUAUUGCGUGAUGACCUGUCUCUGUCCCAUGAUGUCUGGCACCUCACCUGGAAGAUUCCAAGGCUGGGGUGGCUCAAGGGCAAGGGCGCUGACAUCAUCUGAAGGCUGGCUCACCCAGAUAUCCAGUGGUUGAUGGCGACUGUCAGCUGGAACACCUACACAUGGCCUCCCCAAGCAGCAUGAGCUUCCUCACAGCGUGGCAGCUCUCAGGGUAAGCACCCCUCAUGUGCACCCCAAUUAAAGACAUAGAGAUCUGCUCCAAGACUGGAGAACAAGUCUGCUUGUUGGGUAGACUAAGGGUCUGUAUGCUCAUUUCUACUCUGGUGCCUGUGCAUGGGUACAUUUUAGAGGGUUUUAGAGGAUACAUGCAGGUUGCUAUAUCACAUGCUGAAUUUACAACCCACCCACUGAGAAUAAGGUGAGUUGCAUGUCUUGUGUACCUUGUCCUGUGCAGGGACGCUGGGAGCGGGGAGGGUACAUCCUGCCUGCCGAAUGCCCAGUUGGUCGCCUUUGGAGUGCUGGUUCAGGGGCUGUGUGAGUCACUGUGUGCCUGGCUAUGAGUCAUCAGAUGCCCCUGCCAAUCUUCCAACGCCUGCCUCCACCUGGAAGAGGACUGCUCCCGGCAGGCUUGAUGUGGAGGGGGCAGUCUGGGGCCAUUCCCCCGGGGCAUUGUACAAAUGGAGGGGUAGUGUUUGGUUGUUGCUCUCAUUGGUGGACGGAGUCCAGGAGAGCUGGGUGUCCAGCAGUGCUCAGGGAUGUUCACACAGUGGAGCAUCAUGCCACAUGUUACAAGGCUGGCAGAUACCCUGCCGACACUCACAGAGAACUUCGAUAAGGUCUUAUCAAUUAUUAAUGCAAUGUUGAUUUUUAUUUAGUGUUCACCUCUGUUAUUUGAUUUUUACGGUAUGUCUUGUUUGAAAUGGCUUCUGAUCCUCUCCCUUAAGUCCGCAUUUGUAACUCUGUUGCCUUCAGUGGAGUUCCUUGGGCCACGUGCUUGAGCAUCACAGAUCAAAAUACAUGCA